AUGUUCCGCCCCAGCGGAAGUGGCUUCCGCCAGAAGUUGACGGGCCUCACAUUGAAGGGCGUCCUGUAUGGCUCAUGGAUUCUGGGCGUGUUUCCUUUCACCUACGACAGCUGGACGAGGAGAUUGCAUCGUUCCAAGUGGUUAAUUGCGUAUGGCCUUGUCCUGAAUGCCGGAUUUAUUCUGCUGGUGGUCACAAAUGACACGGAGAGUGAGACGCCGAUGAAAAUGGAGGUGUUCCAUAGGAACGCACUGGCCGAGCAGAUUAAUAGCAUCCACGAUAUUCAGUUCCUCUCGAUGGUGUCCAUGAUGCUGCUAAGAGGAUUCUGGAAGAGUGGGCAUAUAGAAAAGAUCCUUAAUGAACUGCAGGAUCUGCAAUAUCGCCACUUUCGCCAUUAUUCUUCGGAGGAAUGCCGCAGUUUCGAUAGGUUUGUCCUUUACAAAGGUGCCUCUGUGGUUUUGGAAAUUAUAUCCAUGCUGGUUUUGGAACUGGGAAUGUCACCGAUUUUAAGUAACCAGUUUUAUAUUGGAUUAACCAGUUUGUGCCUCAUGAUAUUGGCUGUCCUUCUGGGAGCCUCACACUUUCACCUGGCAGUGGUUUUCAUCUACCGAUAUGUGUGGACUGUAAAUAGGGAACUACUCAGACUGGUUAACCAACUGGCGAAUGGAGAAACGGUGGAGUCUGAAAGCAUAGACUAUCUACUCAAUUUGUACCAUCAUCUUUUGGAACUCAGCAAUCGGUUGGCCUCCAUCUAUGAUUACCAAAUGGUUCUGGUAAUGGCCAGUUUUCAGAUUGCCAACAUUUUAGCCAUCUAUUUCUUCAUUAUCUACACUAUCAGCCUGAAUAAUAAGCUGGAUUUUAAUGUACUGAUAUUUCUUCAAGCAGUGGUAAUUAAUAUUUUUGAUUUUUGGCUCAACAUUGAAGUCUGUGAUUUGGCGGAGAGAACAGGAAGGCAAACGUCCAGCAUACUGAAGUUAUUUGAUGAUAUCGAACAUCUUGAUAAGAAAAUAGAAAGAAGUAUUGCCGACUUUGCCUUAUUCUGCAGCCAUCGCAGGUUGAGAUUCCACCAUUGUGGUCUGUUCUACGUAAACUACGAGAUGGGGUUUCGCAUGGCCAUCACCAGUUUCCUGUACCUGCUGUUCCUUCUUCAGUUUGAUUUUUGGAACCUGUGA